UGUUCAUACGUGAAAACAAAUAGGAACUAUUCUUCAUCAGAAUGGUUGAUGCCGUAGUAUCAUUUGUGAUCGAGAGGCUUAGCGAUUAUCUCAUCGAACAAGCAGUUUCCCUAGGCGGCGGACAUGAAGUUUGCUUAGGCAGCGGAGUGCGUGAAGUGGAGUCGCUGAAGAGAGAUUUGCAAUGGAUGGUUUGUUUCAUAAAGGAUGCAGAAGAUAAACAAGUUGAAAACCCUUUGAUAAGGCAGUGGGUUUCUGAUAUCAGAGACAUUGCUUAUGUUUCUGAGGAUGUGUUAGAUAGAUAUAUGGCUUCCAAUAGAAGGCAAAAUGGACUCUUAACGACGUGUUCUUCCAUGUUCGAUCGUUACAGCAUGCGCAGGGAGAUUGAAGCAAUUAAACAUAGACUCAGUGACAUCUCUCGAAGAUGCGAGUUAUUUGGUCUCAGAAGGAUUGAUAAAGUGAGUGAAGGAGGGAGCCAUGCUCUUUGCAGACUGAAACAACUGAGAAGAACCACCUCCUUCGAACGCAAUGAGAUUAAUGUUGUUGGAUUUGAAGAUGAUAUUCGCAAGUUAUUGGCUAAACUGCUCGAGAAUCGUCCGCAACGGUAUUUAAUCUCUAUCUUUGGCACAGGUGGAUUGGGUAAAACAACUCUUGCUAGAAAACUUUAUCACAAUAUCAAAGUCAGGAAUAGGUUCUAUCAUCGGGCUUGGGUUUAUGUGUCUCAAGAUUACAAAACUCGAGAUCUUCUUCUAAGAAUUAUAAAGUCAUUCAACAUGGAGGGCACACCAGAGCUGGAGAAGAUGAGUGAAGAAGAUAUGGAGAGAUAUCUUCAUAAGUCUCUACAGGGAUGCUCAUACUUGUUGGUGAUUGAUGAUAUAUGGCAAAAGGAAGCUUGGAUGAGUCUGAGAAGAGCCUUUCCGGACAACAAGAAAGGCAGUAGAGUAAUUAUCACAACUCGCAUCAGAGAUGUUGCUGAAAACUUGGAUGAGAUAACUUUUGUUCAUCCUCUUCGAUUUCUCACGCCAAGUGAGAGUUGGCAGCUAUUUUGUGAGAAGGCUUUUCAUCACAUAAACGACGAAGGAUUGGAGAAGCUGGGAAGGGAAAUGGUGCUAAAAUGUGGCGGUCUACCACUUGCUAUUGUUGUAUUGGGUGGAUUACUGUCUACAAAGAAGCCACAGGAGUGGCUUCAAGUGCGUAAUCACAUUUGGCGAGAUUUGAAGAAUGGUUCUAUUGAAAUCUCUCAUCUACUGGCUUUAAGCUUCCAUGAUUUACCUUAUCAAUUGAAGUUGUGCUUUCUCUACUUGGGAAAUUUUCCGGAAGACUCUGAAAUAAGGAUAAAGAGACUCANCCGCAACCGCAAGUCUCGUACGAUAUAUAUCAUCAAGGGGUGA